AUGGCUUGCAUUGAGCACCAGAAAGUGUUGUUUGGUACUCAUAUGUUGUCAGAGGAGGCCAAUGACUUAUGGGACAUUGCAUGUCAGAGAAUGAAAGAUGAAGAUAUUGAGGUUACUUGGACUGUGUUCAGGGCUGAAUUUUUAAAGAAGUAUUUUCCUGAGGACGUGCGCAGUAAGAAAGUAAUUCAGUUCCUUGGUAUGAAACAAGGGAAUUCGAUAGUUGCUGAAUAUGUUGCUAAGUUCGAAGAGCUGGUGAAAUUUUGUCCAUACUAUAAUACUGCAGCAUCUGAAGGGUCAAAGUGUAUUAAGUUCGAAAGUGGCUUGCGUCCCGAGAUUAAGCAAAAUAUUAGGUAUCAAGAGAUAUGUCGGUUUUCUGUGUUGGAGUUUGGAGACCGCAUUUCUGAGUGCAAAAGCACAAAAGUGAAUUGCUUCAAGUGUGGGAAGGCAGAUCACCGAGCUGCUGAAUGUAAGACUAAUACUUUGACUUGCUAUAAUUAUGGAGAGCAGGGCCACAUUAGUAAUCAGUUCCAGAAACCAAAGAAGGCUCAAUUUGAAGGGAAACGUUUUUCUUUGUCAGGAUCAUAG